AGGAUGACACAGCCCACCACCGUGCUGAGCAUUUUCGCCAUGUUCCUCCACACCACUUUUGGGGAAAGUGGUUGCACCUCAGCAGACGGUGAUGGGACUCUCGGGGAUGACGAACCAGACAAUUUUGACAUUGAUUGCUUCAGCCAGCUGGAAAUUAAGGACUCCUUCAGCAGCCUGACCUGCAAUUUCACCGAGCUGUCUCCUUACAACACUAACUACACCCUGUCUCUGUGUACCAAGGAAGACAACAAUUAUGCCUGCUCCAACAUGAAGAAACAGGAAGAUGUAUUCUUCUUACAGUUCAUUGAUAUACUCUCAAACAGAGAUGUUUGCAUGUACUCUGAGACGAAGAGAAGGGUGUGCAGGAGUCUGGUUGUAACUGACAUUGUUAAGCCCGAAGUACCAUUUGCUAUAAACAUCACCUAUGAAAGGGAGGCAAAUGAAUAUCUCAUUCGUUACUGCACGCCACACUCAAGGAAGAAAUACUUAAAGGACAAGCUAGUGCACCAAGUAGCCUAUCGGCAGAAAGAAGGUCCUUGGAAGACAAUAGAGUCACCAUACCUUCAGAUAAAAUUGCUGGGGAAAAACCUUGAAAAUGAAGCAUCGUAUGAGGUGAAAGUACGUUCUCAGCCCAAUGGAGAUUAUUUUAAGGGCACAUGGAGUGAAUGGAGCACUUCCAAGAGCUUCAAAACAGCAAGAGAGCAGCACUCCACAGAAAGCUACAGCAGUGUGGUCAUGGUUAUACUCUCCAUCCUGGGAUUCAUGCUGUCCGUUGUUGUGAUUGCACUGAUCGUAAUUUUUUGGGAGAACAGGAUCAAGCCUGCUGUAUGGCCAAACCUUCCUGACCAUAAAAAAACGCUGGAGCAACUAUGCAAGAAGCCAAAAAACAAUUUUGAUAUAAGCUUUAACCCAGAGAGUUUUGGUUAUGUUCAUAUCCAUAAAGUGGAUGGCCUUUGGGCAAAAGCUGAACUGGAAAAUUUUCUGCAGCCAUCAACUGCUCCAGAGACAAGCCUUCCAGAAAAAUUCAGGAGUGGAUCAGACCUGAAGAUGAUCCCUGCAAUGGCAGACAGAACCAGCCCAAACCUGCCGGUGUCUUACGAAGGGGUCUGGCCGGCUGACGCCCUGCACAGGCUGCUGGCCCCCAGCCAGUUUGCAGUCACCGAGGGCAGCUGCAGCUCCAGCACCUAUGAGCUUUGCCACGGCAACAGGGCGCCCCUGCACGACGGUGGUUUCAGCCUUUCCUCCACCCGUGCCCUGGAUCCUUCGGGGCAGCCCCAUCCAGAGCCCCUGAGCGGCGACACCCGGUGCCAGAUGCUGCCUCACAGUGACAUGAGAUCAGCCAACAAUGAGGAAGCCUAUGUCACAAUGUCCAACUUCUACAAAAUCCAGUAA